GCGUCCACGUUGAUUCAGCCUCAUUCGACAGGUCUAACCAUGGAGUUCAAAGGAGUGUGUGUGCUCCUAGGAGUGCUGCUGCUCGUAAGCUCCUCGCUUCAGCAGAUUCCAACAAAGAAGAAGCCCAUGAAAAAAGAUACAACAAAGGAUGCUGCUAUUGUGCAAUUACAGAAACAGAUCGAUGACAUCGUCCAGGAGCUCAACCUACUGAAGGAACAGCAGGCUCUGCAAAGAGUCUGUUUAAAAGGCAAAAAGAUCAAUGGCAAGUGUUUCUUGAGUGACCCUGUGAGGAAACGUUAUCACACCGCCAGCGAAGACUGCAACGCCCUGGGCGGUGUCCUUGGCACACCUACAUCCAAGGAUGAGAACGAUGAGUUCAGAGACUACGUCCGCCAAAGCAUCGGCCCAGAUGAGCAGGCGUGGCUGGGCAUCAACGAUAUGGUAACUGAGGGCACCUGGAUCGACCAGACCAGCAGCAGUAUCACCUACAAAAACUGGGACACGUCCAACUUUAGGUCCCCCCAGCCAGACGGGAGCAUGUCCCAGAACUGCGCUGUGCUCUCUGCAGCCUCCCAGGGGAAGUGGUUUGACGAGAACUGCCGCGACGAGAAGCCAUCCGUGUGCCAGUUCAACAUCGUUUGACCACAUUUAUCUCACCAGUGACUCUGCGUUUGCUUGGUUAUAGCUGCUUUGUGUGUGUGUGUGUGUUUACUCUCACUGCAAUGCUGCUUUUCUUUGCUAUCCUAAAAGGGGUUCAAGCCAGUGGUUCCCAACUGGCUUUGCAUCAGAACCAAAGUCUGAUGUAGAAGUCACAAUCAGUUGCAUAAGAAGAUGUUAUUUUAGACAAAUGUGAUGCUGCUGGUAUGUAAUUUUGCAGCGUUCCUGGUGUUUGGAAUAAAAACAAGAAGAAGACCACAGUCCAGUUUGGAGUAAGCGAGAGAUUGUGUGGCUGUACAAAGAAAUGGCAAAGAAAACUACAUAUCAUUUUAGAAAAACAUAAGUUGAAACAACAAUGUUCAUGUGAUUAAAAAUAGUGUUUGGGUGCUGGCACCAUCCACAAAUUAAAAA